CCAAGAAUCUCUUGCAGCACCCGCAAACAUGUCGUGGCGCAACCAAGGAAUUACCGGUUCUAACAAUAUUCCUCUAGGAACUCGCCGUCGGUUUGCCGGAGGCGACGAUGAUGGCGGUUACAAUCCCUCAGCACCCGCAGAGGGCCUGUCCGAGCUGAAGCGCGGUCGCAGCCCAGAACGCAGUUCCGAUGCUCCGCGACAGCGCAAGAAGCGAAACCGAUGGGGCGACGCGAGCGAGAACAAGGCUGCCGGCCUGAUGGGGCUGCCUACAGCCAUCUAUUCCGCCAUGACUACUGAGCAGCUUGACGCGUAUACUUUGCAUCUGCGAAUCGAGGAAAUCACCCAGAAGCUUAAGAUCAACGAUGUUGUUCCAGCCGAUGGUGACAGAUCUCCCUCGCCCCCACCGCAGUACGACAACUUCGGUCGCCGUGUCAACACCCGCGAGUUCCGCUACCGCAAGCGCCUCGAAGAUGAGCGUCACAAGCUCGUUGAGAAGGCGAUGAAGACACUUCCUAACUACCAUCCACCUGCCGAUUACAGGCGCCCUACUAAGACACAGGAGAAAGUCUAUGUUCCGGUCAAUGAUUAUCCGGAGAUUAACUUCAGUACGAAACUAACCCCUCUAACUCCCCUUUUCUCGUCUUGCUCUACCCCAGCCUUUGUCUUGACCAGCCUGCUCAGACUGCUGGAUGUUUAUGCGCAUCUAGUGGCACCUGCAGUAUAGCUAUGUCACUAACCCUAACCCUUUUGCUCAUACAUUAUUUUU